AUGUCUUCAACGGCAACUAUCACCGCCGCAAACGUCACAAGUCUCUUUCCCGAAGUGCACACACGACUCAUCGGCGAAGAUCUCCCCCCAACCGCCUCUCUAGCCACGAACGGUGAUACCGAUACCAACGACCUAGCAGGCUACGAUGAAGAGCAAAUUAGAUUAAUGGACGAAGUAUGCGUGGUCCUAGACGCCGACGACAACCCAAUUGGCUCUGCAUCCAAGAAAGCAUGCCAUCUCAUGACCAACAUCAACGCCGGCCUGCUUCACCGCGCAUUCUCUUGCUUCUUGUUCGAUCCUACCACAAAGAAGCUCCUGCUACAGCAACGGGCGACAGAGAAGAUCACGUUCCCGGAUAUGUGGACGAAUACCUGUUGCAGUCAUCCGCUGGCACACCCCGCCGAAGCAGGGAAAGGUGAUCUGGUCAGUAACGUUGAGGGGGCGAAGCGAGCUGCGAUCCGGAAAUUAGAUCACGAGUUGGGCAUCAGGAGUGGUCAAGUGCCAUUCCAGGACUUCGAGUUCCUCACCCGGAUACACUACUUGGCGCCGAGUGACGGCAAAUGGGGAGAGCACGAGAUCGAUUAUAUCCUGUUUAUUGAGGCAGAGGUAGAUCUGGAAAUCAACAAAAACGAGGUCAAGGAUACGAGAUGGGUCAGUCCCGAUGAGCUGCGGCAGAUGUUCAAGGAUGUUGAGACACAGUCGGGCAAGGACAGGGAUCUGAAGUAUACACCGUGGUUUCGGCUCAUCUGCGAGAGCUUCCUGUUCAAAUGGUGGGAUGCAUUGGAGCAGAAGUCAUUGGACAAAUUCACGAACGAUCAGACUAUUCAGCGAAUGUGA